CACCAUCACUUUUCUUUUCAUUUUUCUGAAAAGAAAAGAAAAGAAAGCAAUGCAAAUACUAGUGAUAUCUGUUUGCAUGCUAUUUGCAUGGCUAUUCAUCCACAGAGUGAAGCAAAGAGGCUGUAAAGGGCCCAAAACAUGGCCCUUUCUGGGAGCCGCCGUGGAACAGCUGAUGAACUACAACGUCAUGCACGAUUGGAUCCUCAACUACUUAACGGCCUCAAGAACCGUCGUCGUCCCCAUGCCUUUCUCCACCUACACCUACAUUGCCCAUCCCGCCGACGUCGAGCACGUCUUAAAAACCAACUUCAACAACUACCCUAAGGGUGAGGUGUACCAUUCCUAUAUGGAAGUGCUGUUGGGAGAUGGGAUUUUCAAUGUGGAUGGUGAGCUGUGGAGGAAGCAGAGGAAGACUGCUAGCUUCGAAUUUGCUUCCAAGAAUUUGAGGGAUUUUAGCACCGUGGUUUUCAGAGAAUAUAGCCUUAAACUUGCUUCCAUUUUGAGUCAUGCAUCUUGCAAUAAUCAAGUAGUAGAUAUGCAGGAGCUUUUGAUGAGAAUGACUCUGGAUUCAAUCUGCAAGGUUGGAUUUGGUGUGGAGAUAGGAACAUUAGCUGCCGAUUUACCAGAUAAUCAAUUUGCAAAGGCGUUUGAUUCUGCAAACAUAACUGUGACUUUGAGAUUUAUUGAUCCACUGUGGAAAAUCAAGAAGUUCUUGAAUAUGGGAUCAGAGGCUGUGCUUGAUCAAGACAUGAAGAUCAUCGAUGAUUUCACUUACUCCGUCAUCAGACGGCGCAAGGCAGAGUUGGAAGAAAGCAGAGAUGAAAAGAUGAAGCAUGACAUACUCUCAAGAUUCAUCGAGCUGAGCAAGGAUCCCGACAACAAGAUGACGGACAAGAGCCUGAGAGAUGUGGUUCUCAACUUUGUGAUUGCUGGUCGCGACACAACUGCCACGACGCUCACUUGGGCUAUCUACAUGGUGAUGAGUCAUGAGCAGGUAGCAGAGAAGCUGUAUUCAGAGCUGAGGAGGUUCGAAGAGGAAUGUGUACGUAUGAAAGAAGAGGAUGAAGAAUCCUUUGAUAACAGAUUAGUGCAUUUUUCAGGGCUUUUGAGCUAUGAUUCACUAGGGAAACUAUACUAUCUGCACGCUGUCAUAACAGAAACGCUUCGACUCUACCCUGCUGUUCCUCAGGAUCCGAAAGGCGUGUUGGAGGACGACGUUUUGCCAGCAGGAACGAAGGUGAAGGCUGGAGGGAUGGUGACAUACGUACCAUAUUCCAUGGGAAGAAUGGAAUACAACUGGGGCUCGGAUGCAGCAUCUUUCAAACCCGAGAGAUGGCUCAAAGAUGGAGUCUUCCAAAAUGCAUCUCCUUUUAAGUUCACUGCAUUUCAGGCAGGGCCGAGGAUCUGCCUCGGGAAAGACUCUGCAUAUCUGCAGAUGAAGAUGGCUCUUGCAAUUUUGUGCAGAUUCUAUGAGUUCAAGCUGCUGCAGGGGCAUCCGGUUAACUACAGAAUGAUGACCAUUCUCUCCAUGGAAAAUGGCUUGAAACUUACCGUUUCUAGACGUUCUUAGUUUGCCGUCAAUGCUGCUCUCCCACAAUACUGUAAUUUACUUCACAAUUUGCAGUAGAUGUAGCUGGUACUGUUCAUCACCCUAAUUUUUUUUCUUUUUUUUUGUAUUUCUUUUUAUCCAUAUGAUCAACUAUUAUUAAUCUAAAAUUUGUUAUUCCACUUCUAAAUA